UUGAGAUAAGUUUGGAUCACAAUUUCCUUUGGAACAAAAUGAUAUUUUCAGAUAAAAUUUGUUUUCUUUAUGUAUUAUGAGUAGAUUAUAAAGACUCAAAAGAGUACUCAGCUUCAAGGAAAUCGUACAAAUAUUGUUCUUGAUUGUUUUCAAAGCUGAGUUGCCUUUGGGACUGAUGAAUUCUUCCUGCUUGUCAGCACAUGCAUUCUGCUUUCCACUACAAAAUCCACUUUGGCCCUCUAAAUCUUACCCCACCCCCACCCCUCCUCUCUCUCCUUCACCAUUUCAGUAAUCAAGUUUCAAAGUUUCAAUAUAUUUGAUCCUGAAGUUAAAUCUUUAUGUUAACCAUGAGAGCUGGUGGUUUCACUAUCCAACAAGCUUUAAGUUCAGAUGCAGCAAGCAUUAUAAAACAAUCUGUCACACUAGCACACCGCCGUGGUCAUGCUCAGGUGACCCCUCUUCAUGUUGCUAACACCAUGCUCUCCUCCGCCACCGGCCUCCUUCGAACCGCCUGCGUCCAGUCGCAAUCAAACUCGCACCCUCUUCAGUGUAAAGCUCUCGAGCUUUGCUUUAAUGUCGCCUUAAAUCGUCUACCAACAUCCUCAUCUAGCCCUAUGCUAAACCCUAAUCACUCAUCACAACACCCCUCUAUUUCAAACGCUCUAGUUGCGGCUUUCAAGCGCGCACAAGCUCACCAGCGGCGUGGAUCGAUUGAAAACCAGCAGCAACCGUUGCUCGCUGUAAAGAUUGAGCUUGAACAGCUUAUAAUAUCUAUUCUAGAUGAUCCAAGUGUUAGUAGAGUGAUGCGAGAAGCCGGAUUUUCGAGUACACAAGUGAAAAAGAAUAUAGAACAACUUGUUUCUUUAGCUUUGUCAUCUCAUCAGACACAUCCUCCUAUUGUUUCAAAAGGGUGCACAAAAGAAAAUAGUACUGCAAAUAGACUUCAUAAUGAUCAAGUUAAGGUGAUGAAUGAGGAUGUGGUGUGUGUAAUCGAACAUCUUUUAAACGAGAAGCGAUCGCGAAGUCUUGUGGUUGUAGGUGAGAGUGUUGCUACCAUUGAAGGAGUUGUAGGAAAAGUGAUGGAGAAGGUUAAUAAAAGAGAAGUUCCUGAAGCUUUAAAAGGUGUUAAGUUUAUAAGUCUUCCUCUAUUCUCUUUUGGCCAACUAUCUAGAGGAGAUGUAGAAAAAAGACUUGGAGAAUUAAGGAGUCUAGUUAAAGGGUUUGUGCAAAGGGGGGUUGUUCUUUACUUAGGGGAUCUUAAGUGGAUUACUGAGUUUAGGAUGAAUUCAUUGAGCCAUGGAAGGGGAUACUAUUGUCCGAUUGAACACUUGAUUUUCGAGUUGGGACGAUUAGUUUGCGAUAUAAGCGACGAGAUUAGCGUGAAGCUUAGGGUAAUGGCAAUAUCAUCUUUUCAAACAUUCAUGAAGUGUAGAAGUGGAAACCCUUCAUUAGAAGUCACUUGGAAGCUUCAUCCUCUUACGAUACCCGCUGGAAGCUUGAGCUUGAGUCUUGUUCCACAAAGUGAUAUCCAAAGUGAGUGUGGAAGCCAGAUUAUGGGUGCAAAUGGGGUUAGUCAAAUGAUGUGCGAAAGUGGAGAGGAGAAGCAUGUUACAAGUUGUGUCGAUUACUCGGUAGAUUUGGAGAGUAAAGCUAAAAGCCCAAAAUCCUCAAGCUUCCCGGCAUGGCUGUCUGAUAAGAAAGCAAUAGUCAAUAAUCAAAAUCAGGAAUGUGGUUUAGCAAAAGAUUUGUGCAAGAAACUGAACUCAAUCUGCACUUCAGUUCACAUAAACAAUGAAAGAAGCUUAUGUUUCUCUUCUGUUUCACCACCUUCACAAGCUUCUUGCUUUUCCUACAAUCAAGAAAACCCUGAUUCCAAUAGAAACUCAAACGAUGGACGAAUUUUGGGUUCUACAUCCCUAGAGAAAACCUUAGAACCAUAUAAUCUUCAUGAUGAAGGAGAGCCCAGACAAAGGUUUCCAUCAAACCCUGAUUCCACCCCAAAUUCAGCUUCUUCAAGUGAUCUUGUGGAGAUUGAAUACAUGCAAAAGUUUCGGGAGUUCAAUGGGAAGAACUUGAAAGUUCUAUGCAAUGCAUUAGAAGAUAAGGUUCCAUGGCAAAAGGAUAUUGUUCCUGAUAUCGUGGGUACGAUAUUAAAAUGUAGAUCAAGAAUGAUGAGAAGAAAAGAAAAGCAAAAGGACGAUAAACCGAAAGAAGAAACCUGGUUUCUCUUCCAAGGAAGUAACUCAUGGUUAAAAGAGAAGAUUGCUAAGGAAUUAGCUAAGAUUGUUUUUGGAUCGUAUUCGAGUUUCACUACAAUUGCUUUAAGCAAGUUCUCAACAUCUCCAAGAGGGGAAUCAACAGAUGAAGUGCGAAAUAAGAGGUUGAGAGAUGAACAAAGUUGUAGUUAUCUUGAAAGGUUAGCUGAAGCAGUGUAUGUGAAUCCUCAUAGAGUUUUCUUUGUUGAGGAUGUAGACCAAGUAGAUUAUUGCUCUCAAAAGGGGAUCAAACGAGCUAUAGAGAAAGGGAAACUAACACACUCGAAUGGCGAAGAAGUUGGUUUUUGUGAUGCGAUAAUCGUGUUGAAUUGCGAAAGCUUUAGCUCGAGAUCAAGAACAUGUUCUCCAUUAGUGAAGAAGGUACAAGAAGAAGAAAGCCCCAGUGUAUCUUUAGAUUUGAAUAUUUCCUUUGAUGAAGGUGAUGAGGAACAUUCCAUGUUCAUGGAUGAUAUAGGGUUACUUGAAUCUGUAGACAAAUGUAUCAAUUUCAGCAUUCAAGAUUUGUCACUAUAAAUCUUGAAUCUUGAACUUAAUAUCCUUCCUAAUUGUCUCAAAGUUCAAGAUUCAAGUUUUGUCAUGUUUCAUCCUAUUGUGACUCAUAUGUAUCUAUUUGCAUUUGGUCUAA